AGCAAUGAAGCUUUAGAACAACUUCCAAUCGACAAAAUAUUAGGAGAUAUUAUGACCAUAUAAUAUUGACUUGAAUAGCACUCAAGGGUGAGUGACAAGUCCCUCAAAAAAUUUAAUCACCUAAUUGCGCACCCAACCCAAACAUACCUUUACCACAUCAUUCUUAUAUAAAAACUAUGUUAACUCUCACUAAUCACUCCAAACUUACACAAAAUAAUAUAACAUCUACACACAAUAUUCUAUUCUAACGAAAUAAAAAUAUGGGUGCUCAUUUUCUUUCUUCUCCUGCAUUUUGUGGAACUCUACUUUUGUUUAUUGCCAAUAUUUGGUUAUGUCAUGGAGUGACAAGGCACUAUAGAUUUGAUAUAAAGUUGCAAAAUGUGACACAUUUGUGCAAAACAAAGAGCAUGAUCACUGUGAAUGGCAAAUUCCCUGGGCCAAGAAUCAUUGCUAGGGAGGGUGACCGAGUCAUUGUAAAUGUUGUAAACCAUGUCAAGAAUAAUAUUUCAAUCCAUUGGCAUGGUAUUCGACAACUAGGGAGCCCAUGGGCAGACGGUCCAGGUUACAUAACACAAUGUCCAAUUCAGAUAAACAAUAGCUAUGUGUACAACUUUACGAUCAAAGGUCAAAGAGGGACUCUUUUUUGGCAUGCUCAUAUCUCUUGGCUUAGGGCAUCUGUUUAUGGACCUAUCAUUAUUCUCCCAAGGAGAAAUGAAUCCUAUCCAUUCCCUAAGCCUCACAAGGAAGCCACCAUAAUGUUUGGUGAAUGGUGGAACAAUGACACUGAAGCAGUCAUUAGUCAAGCCCUUCAAACUGGCGGAGGCCCUAACGUAUCGGAUGCAUAUACGUUUAAUGGAUUUCCAGGGCCAUUGUAUAAUUCAUGUACCGGAGCUAAAGGUAUGGCGGACACGUAUAAGCUUAAGGUUAAGCCAGGGAAGACUUACCUCUUGCGGUUGGUUAAUGCUGCACUCAAUGACGAACUAUUCUUCAGCAUAGCAAACCACACUAUGACAUUGGUUGAAGCCGAUGCACUCUACCUAAAGCCGUUUAAUACCGACAUUUUAGUCAUUGCACCAGGCCAAACCACCAAUGUACUCCUUAAAACCAAGCCUAAUCCUAGACAUACCACAUACCUAAUGGCAGUUAGGCCUUACUUCACCGGUAGUGGCACCUUUGACAACACUACCGCGGCAGCUAUCCUAGAGUACGAAAUCCCAUCAAAGUCCUCCUCGGCCACUCAUCACAAGAUCCUCAAUGUAACCUCUAAGGAUCUUCCUCGUUUACCUUCCAUAAACGACACUUCUUUUGUAGGAAAUUUCUCUAAAAAAUUCCGAAGUUUGAACAAUGCAAAGUUUCCAGCUGAAGUCCCAAAAAAAGUAGACAAACACUUCUUCUUCACAGUAGGACUUGGAACUAGCCCUUGCCCUAAGAACCAAACAUGCCAAGGGCCUAAUAACAGGACCAAAUUCGCGGCCUCAGUAAACAACAUUUCUAUGGCCCUGCCAUCAACUGCCCUGCUUCAAUCAUAUUUCUUUGGCCAAAAUGCAGGGGUUUACAACACUAAUUUCCCUCAAAUACCGCUUAAACAAUUUAAUUACACCGGCACACCACCUAAUAAUACUAAUACAAUGAAUAACACCGAAGUGUUAGUGAUCCCAUAUAACACAAAUGUGGAGCUUAUUAUGCAGGACACUAGCAUUAUUAGCGCCGAGAGUCACCCUCUUCAUCUACACGGCUAUGAUUUCUACGUCGUUGGCCAAGGUUUUGGUAACUUUAACCCUAAAAAGGACCCUGCCAACUAUAAUCUUGUUGAUCCUGUUGCUAGGAACACCGUUGGAGUACCAUCCGGCGGUUGGGUUGCCAUUCGAUUCAAGGCCGAUAACCCAGGAGUAUGGUUUAUGCAUUGCCAUUUUGAGGUUCACAUGAGUUGGGGACUAAGGAUGGCUUGGAUUGUCCUUGAUGGAAAAUUACCCAAUCAGAAGGUGCCACGUCCGCCAGCCGACCUUCCCAAAUGCUGAUUUGUCAGCCUUUUCAUUGGCCGUUAAUUCGUUACAACUACAAGUUUUUGUUCCGUGUUUUUGUAUGAAUUUAAAUUAUUUUGUUUUUGUGUGAUGGUUUUGCUUGAGUUUGAGAGAAAAGCAAGGUGAGGCAUUGAAUUGUAGAGUUUGUUUGGAAUAAGGAUGGUUUUGUACAAUUAAUUCCCAAUUUUCCAUCUAAUGAAAUUCAAAUCAAGAUAUUAUGAGUUUUAA